CGCCGACAGUGGCCAGUAAAGACCGCUCUAGAUUCUCAUCUGGGCAUUGUCUACUGGGCUAACUAACUGUAUCUUAAGUUUGCAUUUAUCGUAGGAUUUAUCUGCGGUAAUGGGGCACGGUAACUUUUGCCCUAGCGCCAACAAAUGUGAAUCCCACGUGCGGGCUGAAGCUUGGGUUAUACCUGGUAGCUAGGUCAUGAGAUAUGGACAUGAUAGCUCUAAAGUAUUACCAUAUCAUUAUAUCAGCUUGUGGCUAUCGGCUCUAAUACCGGGCAGACCAGGAGGCCGUGAGCUCCUUAUGCGACGACAUCGUCUACUCCUCCGCUCUCUCUUAACACCCUCGUGAUGGUUUUACUUUUUUUAUUCAUACUAGGAAUGCAUGACCAAGAGCUAAUGUAAGCCUUCUAGGCAGAAUCUUUACAAUCUGCAGCUUUGCGUCGGGCAAAAGCAGACCGAGCUGGUAGUACGAGAACGGUACCGUACGAGGAUGACUGCGUCAGGAAGAUGCUACUCAUAAAAUCGUCGGCAGAUGGGGUGAGUAGAUGGUGAAGAGUAGUGAGUUUGACGACGAUAAAUACCAGACGUUGGCCUCGUCCGAGAGAAGAAGACAGCAGAAGCUCAGCAUCGGGCUACCGGUCAUCACUCCAGCUCCCAAAGCAAUAACUUUUGAUAUACCCCGAGAUAACCUCUCAUCAUUUUGCAAGAUGAAGGCCAUCAACACCUUCCUCUCCGUCUUCAGCAUGGCUACCAUCGGAGUCGCUGUGCCACUGGAUGCUGCUGAAAAUGGCCUCGAAGAACGCCAGGCCAGCGGGUGCUACCCCUUCCAGGACCCGGGCUGCUGCAUUAACUACGCCGUUUGCCAAUGUGCCAACGGUAAGCGCCUUUCAUGCUGCUUCCGCCAAUGGGAAGGGGCAUAGAAGAAGAGAAAAAAAAAAGCUGACUCAAGCCAAUAGGUUGGUUCUACCAGUAUAACUCGGACCAGAACGGCUGCGACCCGCCGGUAUGCUUGAACCCCUGUUUUUUUUUUUUUUUUUAAAAAUCUCCGUUACCUAUGGAGGAUUUGUUCUCGUCACUUGUAUUAAUGCUAAUUACUUUUGCAUCAGUGGGGCUUUCUCACCAGCCGUGGUGUCGGUGAUCUCCCGGGCAAUUGCUGCUAGGUAGGGAGUGGUAUGGUACCUAGUAUGAUGUGGUAUGGUUUUCAAUGGACGAGGAUAAGGAUGGGAUGAGACCGGACGCGGGAGGGGCUGGGGCUGAGGGCUCUUGGAAGGCUGUAGUUGCAAAAGUUCUAGUUAAUGGAAAAUAUGUCGAGUCUAUUGCAUGCAUGUAAUGAAUGAUAC